AUGAAGAGAAAAGCAGAGGAAAGGAAGAAAGAGGAACCAGAAGGCCUCCCAACCCGUCCCCAGGAGCCGCGGCCCCAACAACGUGCCGCGGCCAUGGGAGUAAUCUGCUCUGCGGGCAGCUACGCCGAAGUGAUGCGGUGGGCAAGGGGAGAAAUCAAUCUUGGGGAUCUAGAGAUCGGGGAGAUCAGGACCAGGAGGACCGUAACAGGCGCCCUGGUCCUCGAGAUCCCCGGUACCGAGGGACACGCCAGGGCGGAUGCCCUGGCCGGGAAAAUGGCGGCCCUCUUCGCCGCGGGCCCUGCUCCUAAGGAGCAAAUGGUCCCGCAAAAGACCGGGGCCGGGAAGAGGAUCGCUUUGCAGGAGAAGGGAUGCUUUAAUGAGGAUCCCACUCCCGCGAAAAAGGUAGGGGAGGGCCUGGAGGAGAGCGGUAAGCCGUAA